AUGGAACAGACGAUUGCAUUUCUUCGCGAAGGUGUCGCUCAAUGCAGUUGUUGUCAGACGCCCGGUUGCAACAAGAAAAGUGUGCCAGUAGUCGCCAUUGUCGGACCAGGCAAAAGUUCGGCCACCAUUGCUGUGCAGAAUUUGUUACAGGUAUUUCGCAUUCCUCAAGUAGGAUAUUCAGCCACUACACCGGAUUUAUCCGACAAAGAACAAUUUGGCUACUUUAUGCGUGUCGUACCAUCAGAUGUUUGGCAAGCGCAAGCCAUAAAUCGACUUUUACAUCACUACAAUUGGACUUAUAUUGCCGUUCUAUAUUCAGCUGGAAACUACGGUGAGAAAGGAUUUGAAGCACUAGAACGUCUUCUAGAGCAGAAGAGAUCGGCAGUUUGUGUAGCGUACUCGGAAAAGAUCAAGAGUUUGGCUGGUGAUGCUGAAUAUAGAAAUGUUCUGAAGAAGCUUUCAAGCCAGAAAUCCCGCCCACAAGUGGUAGUUUGCUUUUGUGAAGGUCUAACCAUCAGAAACUUCUUCCAAGCGCAAAAAGAUUUGAUUCGGAAAGGAAAGAGCUUCAAAAGGUUCCAAUGGAUUGGUUCUGAUGGUUGGGCAGAUCGAAAUGAUGUGGUGGAAGGAUUAGAAGAUGAGGCUGAAGGCAGCUUUAGCAUACGUAUCCAUGCUCCGAAGGUCCCUGGAUUUCGUGCUUACUACUCGCAGCUAAAUCCUGAGAAUAACACCAUUAAUCCCUGGUUUCGAGAGUUUUGGCAACAAAAGUUUGGUUGUCAAUUUGCUGUUUCAAAAGAGGAUAAGAAUAACGAGAAUAUCCGAAUUUGCACUGGUAACGAGGAUCUGGACAAGGAAUACAAGGAGGAUCCAAAGCUCUCCCAAGUCAUAAACUCUAUAAAAGUGGUAGCUUAUGGUUUAAAAUCUAUGUAUCAGGAUCGCUGUCGGUGGGCAUUUUUUCCUCUCACUCUUUGGCUCUACUACAUAAAUUUUUGCAAAAUUUGUAAUUUUCUUCAUUUGGUCGAAUUUGUACUUGUGAGGCGUAAUUUCAGUGAUAAUUCCACUUUGUGCACGGAAAUGCUGUCAAGAAAUGGUACACUGCUCUAUCAGUAUCUGCUAAACGUCACCUAUGAAGAUCAAUUCAAACAAUCCAUCUACUUUGACAGUAACGGAGAUCCUCCAGCAUGGUAUGUCUUUAGUAAUUAUAGCGAAGCCACGCCCCUUUUUUAAGG